UUUGCUCUUUCUGUCAGUCCAUCAUUUCUAUAAGGAGGGGGUCCAAGUAACGGGGGGCAGAUUAAGUAGUACAGAGAGCAACAAGAGCAAUAGAGACAAUCAAUAAAAGGCACGGAUAGACCGGUUUAACUAAGCUAGUGCAACUCCUGAAGAUCCUUCACCCCUGACAGGAUGGAGGACGCCUACACCAAGCACCCGGCUGAAUGUCUGGCCUACUUCGCAGUUAGUGAGACCACUGGUCUUACCCCAGAUCAGGUCAAGAAGAACCUGGCUAAGUACGGCUACAAUGAGCUGCCAGCUGAAGAGGGAAAAUCCAUUUGGGAGCUGGUCAUUGAACAGUUUGAAGAUCUGUUGGUCAGAAUUUUGCUGCUUGCUGCCUGCAUCUCUUUCGUCCUGGCCUGGUUUGAGGAGGGUGAAGAGACUGUCACGGCCUUUGUUGAGCCUUUUGUCAUUUUGCUCAUUCUCAUUGCCAAUGCCAUUGUCGGUGUGUGGCAGGAGCGUAAUGCUGAGAGCGCCAUUGAGGCUCUGAAGGAAUAUGAGCCUGAGUUGGGUAAAGUCUAUCGUUCUGACAGAAAGAGCGUCCAGAUGAUCAAGGCCAGAGAAAUUGUCCCUGGCGAUAUUGUGGAGGUGUCUGUUGGUGAUAAAGUUCCUGCUGACAUCAGGAUUACUGCCAUCCGUUCCACCACCCUUCGUGUUGACCAGUCCAUCCUGACUGGUGAGUCAGUCAGUGUGAUCAAGCACACCGAUCCUGUCCCCGACCCUAGAGCUGUCAAUCAGGACAAAAAGAACAUGCUUUUCUCUGGCACAAACAUUGCUGCUGGCAAGGCUAUUGGAGUUGCUGUCGCUACUGGUGUAGCCACUGAGAUUGGUAAAAUCCGUGACCAGAUGGCCGCCACGGAGCAGGAGAAGACCCCUCUGCAGCAGAAACUGGAUGAGUUUGGUGAGCAGCUCUCUAAGGUUAUCUCUCUGAUCUGCGUCGCUGUCUGGAUGAUCAACAUCGGUCACUUCAAUGACCCCGUCCAUGGUGGAUCCUGGAUCCGUGGCGCUGUCUACUACUUCAAGAUCGCUGUUGCUCUAGCUGUAGCUGCCAUCCCUGAGGGUCUGCCUGCUGUCAUCACUACCUGUCUGGCUCUUGGUACCAGACGUAUGGCCAAGAAAAAUGCCAUUGUCCGUUCACUGCCCUCUGUGGAGACCCUGGGCUGUACUUCUGUCAUCUGUUCCGACAAGACUGGCACCCUGACCACCAAUCAGAUGUGUGUGACCAAGAUGUUCAUCAUUGAUAAAAUUGAAGGUGAUCACGUUGACCUUGACUGCUUUGAUAUCUCUGGCUCCAAGUACACACCCGAGGGUGAAGUCUCAAAGUUGGGUUCUCGUGUUGACUGCAGUCAGUAUGAUGGUUUAGUUGAGUUGGCCACCAUCUGUGCCCUCUGCAACGAUUCCUCCCUUGACUACAACGAGUCCAAGAAGAUUUAUGAGAAGGUUGGUGAGGCCACUGAAACUGCUUUGUGUUGCCUCGUUGAGAAGAUGAAUGUAUUUAAGACCAAUGUCAACAACCUGUCCAAGAUUGAGAGAGCAAAUGCCUGCUGUAGUGUUGUGAAGCAUUUAAUGAAGAAGAAGUUCACUCUGGAGUUCUCCCGUGACAGGAAAUCCAUGUCUGUGUACUGUACCCCUACUAAGGGUGAUGCAGGCAGCAAAAUGUUUGUGAAGGGUGCUCCAGAGGGUGUGAUUGACAGGUGUACCCAUGUACGUGUUGGUUCUACGCGGGUGCCCCUGACUAAUGUUGUAAAAGAUAAGAUCAUGUCCAUCAUCAAGGAAUGGGGUACUGGCAGUGACACUCUGCGCUGCCUGGCACUGGCUACCCGGGACACACCCAUGAAGAUUGCAGAAAUGAACCUUGAGGACUCUACUAAAUUUGUUAACUAUGAGACUGAUUUGACCUUCGUUGGCUGUGUCGGUAUGUUGGAUCCCCCCCGUAAAGAAGUUACUGGCUCCAUUGAACUGUGCAGGGCUGCUGGCAUUCGUGUUAUCAUGAUCACUGGUGACAAUAAGGGCACCGCUGUGGCCAUCUGCCGUCGUAUCGGUAUCUUUGCUGAGGAUGAGGAUGUAGCUGACAAGGCUUACACCGGCCGAGAGUUUGAUGACCUGCCUGUUAGUGAACAGAGCGAAGCUGUCCGUAGGGCACGCUGCUUUGCCCGUGUUGAGCCCUCCCACAAGUCUAAGAUCGUUGAGUUCCUGCAGGGCCAAGAUGAGAUCACUGCUAUGACUGGUGAUGGUGUCAAUGAUGCCCCUGCUUUGAAGAAGGCAGAAAUUGGCAUUGCCAUGGGCUCUGGCACUGCAGUUGCCAAGUCAGCAUCUGAGAUGGUCCUGGCCGAUGACAACUUCUCUUCUAUUGUGGCUGCCGUUGAGGAAGGCAGAGCCAUUUAUAACAACAUGAAGCAGUUUAUCCGUUACCUGAUUUCUUCUAAUAUUGGGGAGGUCGUCUGUAUUUUCCUGACCGCUGCUCUUGGUCUGCCUGAAGCUUUGAUCCCAGUCCAACUGCUGUGGGUAAACUUGGUGACUGAUGGUCUGCCCGCCACUGCCCUGGGCUUCAACCCCCCUGAUCUUGAGAUCAUGGGCAAGCCUCCCCGCUCCCCCAAAGAGUCCCUGAUCUCUGGCUGGCUGUUCUUCAGAUACAUGGUCAUUGGCGCUUAUGUGGGUGCUGCUACUGUGGGUGCCGCUGCCUACUGGUUCAUGUAUGAUGUGGAGGGUCCUCAGGUCACCUACCACCAGCUGUCACACUUCAUGCAGUGCGAGGAGGUGAAUCCGGACUUCACUGGUUUAGACUGUGAGGUGUUUGAGGCUGCUGCACCCAUGACCAUGGCCCUGUCUGUUCUGGUCACAAUUGAGAUGUGCAAUGCUCUCAACAGCUUGUCUGAAAAUCAGUCCCUGGUGCGCAUGCCUCCAUGGAGUAAUGGUUGGUUAGCUGCUGCCAUGACCCUCUCCAUGUCCCUUCACUUCAUGAUCAUCUAUGUGGAUCCCCUGCCUAUGGUUUUCAAGUUAACUCACUUGAACGUGGAACAGUGGAUGGUGGUACUGAAGCUUUCUUUCCCUGUUAUCCUCAUUGAUGAGGUGCUGAAGUUUGUUGCCCGCAACUACAUGGACGUCUAAGCAGUCCACACCUCCCAGUUUUCAAGUAACAGACGCAAGCUAUAAAGUGUGAAAUGUAGAGACAAAGAUGUUGGAGUGAAAAAAAUGCCAGAUAAAGAAGAAGAGGAGAACAGCAAGAGAAUGAAUGGGGAGGAAUGGGAGAAGAGAUUAUUUAUGUCCACUGAGACAGAAGCUCUCAUGAACCCAUCUGCAGAAUGUAUAGCACAAAAUCUUUGUAAAAAAAAAAAGACAAAAACAUAUAAAAACUAGCAAAUUCUAAGUUUAGUGACAGAGAUGAAUAGUCAUCCCUUCCAAAUUUGUGUUUGAAUGCUGAAUUGUUUUAUUCUUGUGUAUAAAUGUAUUAAAAACAUUUUAUUAAUAUUG